AUGUCCUACGGGGGAUUGGCCGACUGGUUCAUCUACAGCUCUGCUGUCGAUAGCAAAAGAUUGGAUUCGUUACUCGGCGAAGUCGGCAAUAAGACUUGCGUCUUGGAGUAUUGCAAGAGUUAUAGGUUUGAAGAAGGUCCAGAUUUAGUUGGUACUGGCGAUUCACUGAGCGUUUUCUGGAUCUCGUCACUGUAUUUAUCCGUCGCAGUCACCAUCGCGGCCAUCGCCUACGACUACCGGGACAAAGCCCCUGGCACGCAAUACGGCCAUUUGUUCUCCAACACCGGGGCUCACUUCACGUUGAUGGUGCUCAUCUGUCUGUGGCCGUGGUAUUCACCACAAGCCAGAUCAUACUCCAGAGUCAUGUUGCUAGCCGUUAUCGUCCUGUUACCGCUCCUUUUCUUUGCGACGUACUUCACCCAGUUCUGGCCGACUCUGUCUGGGUUUGAGGAGAAAUGCCCGUUCGUGUCUCCUGCGUUGUUCCGUCUUUAUAGCGUAAAAUGCUACUUCGACAUCUUUGUGAUGACUUUUGUGCCUGCGUAUCGGUGCGUGUUUCCCUUUUCUGUUCGAUGUGGGCCGACUACCACCGGAAAGCCGAGGAGUACGGUCUUCGGAUAUUUGAAGCGACACCGGACAGUAAUAGCAAACGCCGCCUUGGUGGUGUUUUAUCUUCUCAGCUUUGCCAUAUUGUGGAUUGACCUCGUCAUCUUUGGGCUGUCUCGUCAACGGGCCCACGAGCUAGCUGGACAUUCUGACUCUGAGAAUGUGUGGAGCUUCGGCCAGGUCGUCUCCGUAACGGGGUGGCUUCCUGUGAUCAUUGGCCUCUUUCGGGUGUGGUUUUGGGAAUCUGUCCACGCAUAUUACACCAGAAUCAUCGCCCCAAUGCUUCUGGCCAUCAGAGAGCAUGCAACGAGCGUUUUUCGGCCAUCCUCACGAGACAGUGCAGCAAAACUAGAAGUGGCCACAUCAAGGGGCGAACAACCAAUCCCGGGCACUCGAUGCGGCUGGGAGGAUAGCAGAAGCCAUACCAAGAAAGGCGAGGAGGAAGUGAAAGCACUGGGGGCCGAGGGAGAGGUCGGUCGCAGAUCAUAA